AUGUCCAAACCACGUCGGAAUGUCAGGUUCCCACACCGGGCGUCGGAAACUCGUCGGUUAAGUAUCUCAGAUGCUAGCGAUGCCGCUUCUGAACCCGGAAGUCCGUCAAAAAAUGGCAGCGUGUCCAAGCCCGAGACGAUCGUCGAAGAGCCGCAGAUGUCCGACUAUGAGAAAAAGAAGCAGACCUUCAUUACUCGCACAAUAUGGACCUUCGUGAUGAUCUUUGGUUUCUUUAUUGCCAUGUUCUCAGGCCACAUCUACAUCAUUGGCCUCGUUACCGCCAUUCAAAUCAUCUCAUUCAAGGAGGUUAUCGCGAUUGCCAAUGUGCCGAGCAAAGAAAAGAACCUCCGUUUCACUAAAUCGCUGAAUUGGUAUUUCCUAGCCACAACAAUGUACUUUUUGUACGGUGAAAGUGUCAUCUACUAUUUUAAGCACGUCCUGUUAGUCGACAAGGUGUUAUUGCCUCUCGCGACUCAUCACAGGUUUAUCAGCUUUACUCUCUACGUCAUGGGAUUUGUCUUCUUUGUUGCAUCUUUACAGAAGGGACACUACCGGUUCCAAUUUACACAGUUCGCUUGGACUCACAUGGCACUUUACCUGAUCGUCGUACAAGCACACUUUGUUAUGAACAACAUUUUGGAGGGAAUGAUCUGGUUCUUCCUCCCAGCGUCUCUGGUCAUCACUAACGAUAUUUUUGCCUACGUUUGCGGGAUCACGUUUGGCCGGACCCAAUUGAUCCAACUGUCUCCCAAAAAGACAGUCGAGGGGUUCCUCGGUGCUUGGAUUUGCACCAUAAUCUUCGGCUACUUCAUGACCAAUGUCCUAAUGCGCUACAAGUACUUCAUCUGCCCGGUAAAUGAUCUCGGAUCCAAUGUGUUGACGGGGUUGGAAUGCACCCCAAACCCAGCCUUUAUGCCCCAGCCGUACCAAGUUCCAGAGUGGACCGGAGUGGACAAGACUUUUUACGUCGAGCCCAUACAGUUCCAUAUUUUGAUCUUCGCUACAUUCGCCUCCCUAAUCGCUCCUUUCGGUGGCUUCUUCGCUUCCGGGCUUAAGCGAACCUUUAAAAUUAAAGAUUUUGGUGAAUCGAUCCCGGGUCAUGGCGGUAUCACCGAUCGGAUGGACUGCCAAUUCAUCAUGGGCUUCUUUGCGUACAUGUACUACCAUAGCUUUAUUGCCGUGUACAAAGCUACCGUUGGAGAUGUGAUUGAGACCGCCAUCAAUGGCCUGACGGUCGAGGAGCAAUUGGAGGUUGUCCGAGGGUUGGGCAAGUAUCUGUACAACCAAGGUACUGUUUCCGAGACGAUUUUGGAGUGUCUGAACACUGAGCUCAAGCGCCGAUGA